ACAGCUAUUUCAUGAUUGGCCAGACUCACACACGACAACUUUGACGCGUGUUUUGUAAUAUUCGGACACCUUCAGUUUCGCCAACGCUCAAAAAAGUUUAAUUGAAUUAAAAAUGUGUUAAAGAAAAGGUUUUAGUCAGCCUUUUCACUAACGGAAAGACCAAGUUAAAUUAUAAAUAAAGUAAAGUAAGCAAACAGCGCUUGAUCGACCAUGACUGACAUCAACGCAGCAAACAACGAGAAGCUGGAAUGUCCGAUUUCACAGAGCCGUAUUCAACUCCUCCCCGACUGCAAGCGGCUACUCUCGCCCGCCGGUCGUUUCAUGCAGCCAUAGUCCAUGUCGAACGCACCUAAUAAUGCCAAAUGACGUAUUCAGAGUUUCUUCCGUCUAAGCGGAAGUAAAAACUAACACAACAAAGAUGGCGGCGCCCGGUGAGAAAGCGUUGGAAACGACACACGUGGGGAAAAAGGAAAAGCAGUCUGCCAAGAGAUACUGGCAGGGCACUGAGGAAGACGGAGGGAAGGAAGAUCUUAAAAGACAGAAUGAAGGUAAGACCGAGCAUGUUCUACUACAGAAGGAGAUUCCUGCAAGGAUGGAAGGGGCGAAAAAGAGACGAGAACGUGAACAGGAAAGAGGAGGAAACAAAUUUAUAUCAGGGAAAUCAGACCCAUUCCCUGGUUCUGCACCUGUCCCAGAGCAAAACCUAAUGAAGUUCCAGAGAGGAGAAAAAGGGAAACUGCCUCCUCGACUGCAGUAUAAACUCAGAGAUAUUGUUGAUCGUUCAGAAGCAGCCUCAGAACUUGCUCAGAAACAAGCUGCACGCCAUGACCUUCUCCUUCCAGAGGAUGCUGGGUUCUUGGAUGGAGAUGAGGAUGAGGACACUUGCACCAUCUCACAGGAGGACAUUGCUGAUGCGGUGGAUAUAACAUCUGGGGCAAAGUACUUCAACUUGAACCUGGCUCAGUUUGGGCCAUACCGUCUCGAUUACAGCAAAACUGGACGACACCUACUGCUUGGUGGGAGGAGAGGUCACGUUACCUGUCUGGACUGGCAGUCUAAACAGCUGAUGUGUGAAAUGAAUGUGAUGGAGACAGUUAAUGAUGUCAAGUGGCUUCACAGUGAGGCAAUGUUCGCAGUGGCCCAGAAAAAGUGGCUGUAUAUCUAUGACAACAACGGCAUUGAGCUUCAUUGCAUCCGGAAGUUUAAUGAUGUCCUCCGCAUGCAGUUUCUCCCCUACCAUUUCCUGCUGGCUACAGCAAGUGCCACAGGUUUCCUGCAGUACCUGGACGUGUCUGUAGGAAAGGAGGUGGCAGCCAUCUGCACCAAGUCUGGCCGGCUGGAUGUGAUGAGCCAGAACCCCCACAAUGCCAUUAUCCACCUAGGCCACUCCAAUGGCACAGUCACCCUCUGGUCACCCAAUCAGAAGGAGUCCAUCGUCAAGAUGCUCUGUCACCAGGGUGGAGUGCGUUCAGUCACCGUUGACAAGUCGGGCAUGUACAUGGUGACAUCAGGCAUGGACAAGAAACUGAAAGUGUAUGACCUCAGAACAUUUAAGCCACUCCAGUCCUACUUCCUGCCUGCGGGAGCUUCUUGUCUGUCUCUGAGCCAGAGGGGACUGCUGUCAGCUGCCACAGGAGACAUAGUCCAGGUCUAUAGAGAUGUAUGGAGCACCCCAGUGACAAAGCCCUACAUGGCCCACCGGGUGAGAGGGUCAGUGUGGGGGGUCCAUUUCUGCCCUUUUGAAGAUAUCCUUGGGGUGGGACAUGGAGAUGGCUUCACGAGCAUGGUUGUACCAGGUGCUGGAGAGCCUAACUUUGAUGGCCUGGAUGCCAACCCUUACCGAAGUGCUAAGCAGAGGCAAGAGUGGGAGGUCAAGGCUUUGCUGGAGAAGGUUCAGCCAGAGCUGAUAUGUCUGGACCCAGGAACGCUAAGCCAGGUUGACAAGGCCACCUGGGAACAACGGCACCAGGACCUGGUCCAGGCUCUGGGCUAUGACCCACAGACCAAGGAGAAGUUCACUCCUAGGCAUAAGACCAAAGGUCGGAGUUCGAGUGGAAAGGUCGAAAAGCGCAAGAAGCAAGUGGCUCAUGAGGACCAGAGGGAUGACAUCAGGAAAACAGUGGAAGACAGGAUGAAGAUGGAAAAGGAAAGGAAAGAAAAAGAGAAGAAAAAUCAAACCUUCUCUGGACAGAAUUCUGCACUGGACAGGUUCAGGAAAUAGAAAAAAAAAAUUGUGUUUGGGUUUUAUGUGAGCGAACACCUAACAGCCCUUUAAUGGACAUAUCUUUUGACUUUGGUAAAAGGAACCAUUUGAAAGCUUGACACUUGAUCAUCCUGUGUGAAAUUGGAAUGUGGAGGAAUGCUACUGGGGUGUUGCCACGUUAUCAUUAAUAGCCUAAACUAGGCCAUGUCAAUUUUUCUGAACAUGCCCACUGUGUAUGGGAUUUUGCGGAUUUGAUCUCCAGUAUAAACAGUUCCGUUUACUGUUGAUGAACACAUUCAUGCGAUUAAUAAUUUGUUUGGAAUGCCGGAAGGAAUGUCGGAACACAAACCAGGAACCUGUUCUACUUGGUGAUUGUUGUUGAGGUUUCAAAAUACAUUGCAAACUGACAAAAUAGUUUGUCAACAGAGCCAAUGAACUUCCUCUUUUAAGAAGCGACUCAAAUGGUGACAAAGAAAUGAGAAAUGUGAGCAACUGUGUUUUUCAGAGAAGACAAUUAAUUUGCAGCUCCAAAUGCAACUUAAAAUGUUUUAUUUGUGACCAAUGCAUGUUAUCAUAAACACAUAUGUAAUAACACCCACACACGCUUGGUAGGGAAAUAUUCCUAAAGCAUGUCUACAUUGAAAGGGAGACAUUGACAUUACACUAGGAUUACCAUUGUGUCAUUUGAGGUGUUGGAUUAAUUAAACUACCAGGUUGCCAUCAAAUAACUGCUGUCUUUAUAGCCCUCUGCAGCAGUAUUGAAUCCCCCUUUCUGCCAAUGGCUGACAAAAGUCAAACCACCCAACCCAUGGUCAAACAACAGACCAGAAAAUCUAUGCAGUUACUCGCAGCCUACUUGCUUAACACCACAGUUACAUAUUAGAUAAUGAGGUAAUAGAGCAUGGAUACAAAUGCUGCUGUUCAGGGUGCCCUUGGCUCUCAUCUCAUCUGAACAAUCUUGCUGCUCCAUCUGGGCAGUGGAGAGCUGAAGAACCUCCAGGUUUAGAUAACGAGUUGACAGUUUGUCUAUCCUUUUUAGUAUUCAAAUAUCUUUGUAACUAAAUGGCCACCAAGGAACCCUUUUUUCUGAUCUACCUGGUCUUUCCUUUCAUACAUUUUAAAUAAACAGAACUAUUUACUUACAUGGAAAGUUAGUCAACACAAUUUAUACUUUUUGGAUGAAGAGUGUAAUGUUUUGAAAAGACAGAAACAAACUUCAGUAAUUUAGUUAUAUUGUUUUGCUUGCUUACUGCAUUGUAGCUGAUGAUUCCUGUUUUUGGUGAGAGACUGCUAUCAUUUACAGGUAGUAUUUUUAUGCUGUCUUGUGUAAAGCAUUGUCAAUGCAACCUAACUGUGUGCAACUUAAGUUUAUAGUAUGCCUAUGCCUGAUAAGUAACAGUGCAAUUUAAUGGAUAACUAUUAUACUUUAGGUGUGUGUUCUAACCAUUACAUUGUGCACCUGAUUUUAAUAACUUCUUAAUCUUCUAAAUAAAACAAUAAAGGUUGGAGUGGA